CCUUUGAGCUCUGCGGGGGGGAGACGUGGGGCUGCCCUCCUGACAGGCCUCCUCUGCGCCCGGGUCUCUUGGCUUCUUGCCUCUGAGACCACGUACCGUCCCCGAAGUGGGCUAGAGCCCAAGGGUUCCUGCUUCAAGGCGGCGUCGUCGCCCCGGUGGUGACCCUUGCGUCUCCUUCCACCUCCGUCCCCCAGGCGCGGUGGUGUCAGCGGGCCCCAACCAAUGACCAGCCAGGGCCAGUGGGCACCCGGGUCUUCGGCGUGGAGCACGGUAUUCCGCCACGUAUGGUACGGUACACGGUAUGAGAACCUGGUGGCGGGUGUGAGCGGCGGGGUCCUGUCCAACCUGGCGCUGCACCUGCUGGACCUCGUGAAGACCCGCUUUGCUGUGAGUGAUGGAUUGGAACGCAGACCGAAAUAUAAAGGAAUCUUACAUUGCUUGACUACCAUUUGGAAACUUGAUGGACUACGGGGACUUCACCAAGGAGUAACCCCAAAUGUGUGGGGUGCAGGAUUAUCCUGGGGACUCUGCUUUUUAUUUUACAAUGCUAUCAAGUCAUACAAGACAGAAGGAAGAACUCAAGGGUUAGAGGCAACAGAAUACCUUGACUCAGCCGCCGAAGCUGGGGCCGUGACACUAAUCACAAACCCAUCAUUGGUAGCAAAAACUCGCCUUACGUUACAGUACGAUGGUGUUAACUCACCACAGCGGCAAUAUAAAGGAAGGUUUGAUACACUUGUGAAAAUAUAUAAGGACGAAGGUGUGCGUGGAUUAUAUCAGGGAUUUAUGCCUGGGCUGUUUGGAACAUCACACGGUGCCCUUCAGUUUAUGGCAUAUGAAUUAUUGAGGUUGAAAUACAACCAGCGUAUCAAUAGAUCACCUGAAGUCCAACUGAGCACUGCAGAACAGCGAUCUGUUGCAGCACUGUCCAGUGUGUCUGCUGGAGCAGCAGCGUAUACGUAUCUUGUGAGAGCUCGUCUGCAGGACCAACACACGUCUUACGAGGGUGUGGUGGAUGUAAUCACAAACACAUGGAGGAAAGAAGGCAUCGGUGGAUUUUACAAAGGAAUUGCCCCCAAUUUGAUUAGAGUGACUCCAGCAUGCUGUAUUAGCUUUGUGCCUUAAAGGGAUGCCAGAAUAAUACCAAUAUUUUUAUUUAUCAUAAACAUUUAUAAAUACUAUUGCACUACCAUCUAUCUGUUGUAAAUCAUUGUGGUUUUCAAAGCCAUAUUUAAAUGGUUCUUUGAAAAUUAGGUCUAUUUUUUAUAUUUUGAAAAUGGCACUGUUUUAAAAAUAAAGGUGAAAUGAUUACAAAAAAAAGGAAAUAGCUUAUUACAGUAAAAUAACAGA